AUACAAGGAAGUAGAGAUGUGGAUUCUGAUCGUGGUUUGGGACAAAGAAACUACGUAUUGGUAUCGUUAUCGCAAAGUAUGAGUAUGAAUCACAGUAUGAACACUAACAAUGACAUUUGGCAAUUUAUAUAUUGGUUUCUUUUGAAAAGCCGCACCUGUUGUUUCCAGAGGCGAAAGCCAUGAUGUGAACUAUUCAUCAAAAAGUUUAAUAUUUCGCUUGCGAUCUUUUACAUUCACACCCCACACCCCACACCCCACGCCUGAAGAUAUGUCAAACCGCUGCAACCAAUUGUUAAGAGAGUUGAAAACCUGUCCUGUGACUCUUUGCUGUGCGCGUCUGGCAUAUGCCAAGUGAUCAGGAGGACAGGAAGUCCCAUAACAAGUUGGCUGACUGGCGUGAUAGUUGUCUCCUUUCCUCUUUCGCUUUAUUUUUAUUUUUAUUUAGAUGUCUCAUUUAUUUUCGCGCAAAGAUGAACAGACUUUUAAGGAUCUUCCUCAUCGUCGUGUUGUUGGCUUUGUCGUUUAUGCUUGCAGUUUGGCUAAAUAACGAUCACUCCUAUACACAUGACCACCGAUAUGCUGAACUAAGCCUUAUGGCAGGUAUGAUACCUGAAGAACAGAAAGAGUCAAUUGUCUCGAAGUUCAACGGCAGCUCUCCAUUGCCUCCUUGUCCCCCUACACCUCCCGGGCUGGAGGGUCCACUCAGGAUAGAGUUCGAGUGGAGCCGGUCAAUGAGCGACGUACGGAAAGCGAGUCGUGAAAAUCUUCAUGAGGGAGGUCGAUUCAAGCCACUGGAUUGCAUCUCUCGGCAUAAGGUGGCCGUCAUCAUCCCCUACCGCAACCGCAAGGACCACCUGAAGCACUGGCUCUACUACCUGCACCCCAUCCUCAAGCGGCAGCAGGUGGACUACGGCGUGUACGUCAUCAACCAGCACGGCGAGGGCACCUUCAACCGCGCCAAGCUGCUCAACGUGGGCUACGUGGAGUCCCUCAAGGAGUACGCCUACGACUGCUUCGUCUUCUCCGACGUGGACCUGGUGCCCAUGGACGACCGCAACCUGUACCGUUGCCACGGCGAGCCCCGGCACAUGGCGGCGGCCAUGGACAAGUUUGGCUUCCAGAUGCCUUACAAAAACUACUUUGGCGGCGUGGUGGCCCUCAGCAGGGAGCAGUACAUGCGCAUCAACGGCUUCCCCAAUAACUACUGGGGCUGGGGCGCCGAGGAUGACGACAUGCACAGGCGCAUCACCCUCAAGGGCAUGGCGGUGUCCCGGCCCGACUCCAGGGUGGGCAUGUACAAGAUGGUGAGGCACCUAAGGGACACCCACAACGAGGUGAACCCGCAAAACCCGGGCCAGCUGCAUAACACGGCGAGGACCAUGGACACCGACGGGAUCAACUCCCUGAUUUACUCCCUUAUCAAGAUCGAGAAGGAUGAGUUGUACACGAUGAUCGACGUGGACAUCCAUGCGCCGAAUUGAGGGUGGGUGGGUGUAGGGUGUGUGUGUGAGUGUGUGUGCACGUGCGUGCGCGUGUGUGUGUGCGCACUAUGGACACUGAACUGCUGUAGUUUGGAUGAGACGCAGCCAUUGCAAGCCGGAACUUUAUUUAUUUUUGGGAUCUCUGGGUCUUCCUCGUUGGCCGGCAUUUUGUGUCGUCGUGUUUUUUUUACAGAUCGGCGUAACAGCUCAAGAGAGAAAAAAAUGUCAAUUGUCAAUUUGUUGCGGCGGAAUUUUCCCUUUUUCACUAAGGUUUUUGCAUGAAGGGAUAUGUCAACUGGCACAUACGCCAUAAGCCAACUUAUGGCAAGCAGGUCAAGAUAACCCUCAGCCCCUCACAACAACAUUCCAUGAAAGGCCUUCUUAAUCGCUGACUUCUUGGUCAUGAAAGUCAACAUUUGAAUCUAUCUUGAAAUGGUUGGUGGUUUGCUCAUUGCACAGGGCAUGGAUGCGUGCUUAAAAGAAUAAAUAUAUAUAUUAAUAUAUUUCUAUACACGUAUAAAGCCAAUUUGUAUUUCCGUGUCUGAAAUCCUUUACAAAUUGAAAUGUGUGCAGUGGCCGAUGGCACUGUAAACACGUGUUGUUAUUGAUUAUCAUAAAUAACAGUGUACUUCCUGUUGAAACAAGAGAUCUGUCAGUAGCACCUUCUGCUUUUCUAGCCUUUAGAUAGUCAAACUGCUUUUGUUUCUCUAGCCCCUGAAGCUCUAAGGGUUGGCAGAUGUUGCAUGAGCAAACAAGUUGUUUGCUUCAUAAAAAUGGUUUGGAUGAUUCAAGGACUCAAAAGGAAACAUGGGGAAGUCAUGCAGUUUGAUAAAGAAUCGGCCUGCAUGUGUGUGUAUGUGAUAUGUUAAGAAUAUUUUAAUAAUUUACUUUUAUUUUGUAAAAGGUUUCUGACCCCACAAAAGAGGUGGGAAAGGUUAUCAGUAGAAAUAACCUUGUAACUGCCAAACCGUUUUAUUUACAUUUAUUAUUUUCCAGAAAUCCAAACGCGAUGAUCUACUUGUGUUUAACACUCACACUUUAGAAUACUCUUUGAGUGGAUUGUAGGCCGACUGCUUGCAGUGAAUCUCUGUGCCAAAUUAUGAUUGUUCUGGUGUCAUUGGUGCCAAUUUGUUACAUGUUUCUUUGUUUGCUUUGCUUUGUUUGAAGUAAAGGUUGUGGUUAAACAUCUCAAAGCACCUACUGUGAAUCAAAUUGAACUAAUCAGAAACUAUUUAAA